ACCACCAGACAUGAUUGACCAACAUUCAACUCCGAAACACUGACGAUGCAUUCAGGUUUUCUGCGUCCAGAUGAAACGUGACGGGCGGUGGCGACAAGCAUCCGAGUUGCAGGAUGGCCACCCCGAGCAAGACCCCACCCGGUGCCGACCCGAAGCAGCUUGAGCGGACCGGGACGGUCCGGGAGAUCGGCUCCCAGGCGGUGUGGUCGCUGUCCUCCUGUAAACCAGGGUUUGGAGUGGAUCAGCUGAGGGAUGACAACCUGGAGACCUACUGGCAGUCAGAUGGAUCCCAGCCGCACCUGGUCAACAUUCAGUUCAGGAGGAGGACGACGGUGAAGAUGUUGUGUAUUUACGCCGAUUAYAAAUCAGAUGAAAGUUACACGCCCAGUAAAAUCUCUGUGAGAGUGGGCAACAAUUUCCACAACCUUCAAGAGAUCAGGCAGCUGGAGAUGGUGGAGCCCAGCGGCUGGAUUCACAUCUCUCUGCUAAAUCAGGUAAAAACAUCAAGAUUCUGUUUUUGGAUUCAGUGAAAACGGAAAGCGGUGCAAAACUUAUCUUUUUUUUUUUCUGCCUGAUGGAAAUAUAAAAACAUGUUUCAAAGGGUUGAAAGGUUGAAGAGAUGUGUGUUUAAAUCUGUUUUUAGCUUUUCAGYCCAAAACUGUGACAAAAUAUUAGGACAAUAAAGUAAUAAAUUAUGAGAGUAA